CCUGAGCUCCUGGCAUCCCUGAAACAUGAGGUUACUUGUGCUUGCCCUGGCCAUAGCCUUCGUGGCUGGUCAGCAUGUAAACAUUGCUCCUGAGUUUGCCGCCUCCAAGACCUACACCUACAAGUAUGAGGCACUGCUCCUGGGCGGCCUUCCUGUGGAAGGACUGGCCAGAGCAGGACUGAAAGUCAGCAGCAAAGUUCUCAUCAGUGCUGUGGCUGACAACAUCUUCCUGCUGAAGCUUGCAGAUCCUGAGAUCUUCGAGUAUAGCGGUGUGUGGCCCAAGGAUCCCUUUGUCCCAGCCACUAAGCUCACCUCAGCUCUGGCUUCUCAGCUCUUGAUCCCCAUCAAGUUUGAGUACACCAAUGGUGUGGUUGGUAAUGUCUUUGCACCUGCUGAAGUGUCUGCUACAGUGCUGAAUAUCCACAGAGGUAUCCUGAACAUCCUUCAGCUCAACCUGAAGAAAACCCAGAAUGUUUAUGAGCUGCAAGAGGCUGGAGCCCAGGGAGUGUGCAAGACCCACUACCUCAUCAACGAGGAUGUCAAGGCUCAGCACAUUAUUGUCACCAAGUCCAAGGACCUCACCAACUGUCAGGAGAGGAUCAUCAAGGACCUGGGCCUGGCUUACCUGGAAACAUGCCCCGAAUGUCAGCUGAAGUCAAAGAGCAUGUCUGGAGCUGCCACCUACAGUUACAUCGUCAAGCCAAGUGCCACUGGUUCUUUGAUCACUGAGGCCACAGUGAGGGAGCUUCACCAGGUCACACCUAUUGCUGAGAUGGGCGGAGUUGCCCAGAUGGAGGCCAAGCAAAGCCUGAGAUUCCUUCAGUUCGAGAGGACACCAAUUGUCCAGGCUAAUGUUGAGUAUGCGCUCCGUGGAUCUAUCAAGUAUGAGUUUGCCACUGAAAUCCUCCAGACUCCCAUCCAGCUCCUCAGAAUCAGCAACCCACUCUCUCAGGCUGUGGAGAUUCUGCACCAUCUGGUUGCCAACAAUGUCGUUAAGGUCCAUGAGGAUGCUCCUCUGAAGUUCAUCCAGCUGAUCCAGGUCUUGCGUGUGGCCACCUUCGAGAACAUCGAGGCCAUCUGGACUCAGUACCAUGCCAAACCCGAGUACAGACGUUUCAUUUUGGAUGCCAUCCCAGUUGUUGGAACUUCAGCUGCUGUGAGGUUCAUCAAGGAGCAGUUUGUGGCAGGACAAAUCACCAUUCCCGAAACCGUUCAGAUUCUUCUGGCUGCCGUGCAUAUGGUUCCUGCUGAUCUGGAAAUCAUCAGACUUUUCUCUACCCUGGCUCUCCACCACAAGGUUCAGGAACAGCCUGUUCUGCGUGAGAUCACCAUGUUGGGUUAUGGUACCAUGAUUGCCAAGUUCUGUGCUGCCGUUCCCACUUGCCCAGCUGAGCUCCUGAAGCCCAUCCACGACCGUGUCGCUGAAGCCAUUGCCAAGGCUGACAUCGCUGAAAUCACUCUGUUGAUCAAGGUUCUGGGUAACGCAGGUCAUCCUGCCAGCCUGAAACCCAUCAUGAAGAUCCUCCCUGGAUUUGGCUCUGCCGCCGCUGCUCUUCCAGUCAGAGCACAGGUUGAUGUGAUUCUGGCCCUGAGGAACAUCGCCAAGAGGGACCCUAAGCUUGUCCAGCCCGUGGCCCUGCAGCUCUUUAUGGACAAGACCCUGCACCCUGAGCUCAGGAUGGUCUCCUGCAUCGUGCUGUUCGAGACCAGGCCCGCCGUGGCUCUGGUGUCCACUCUGGCCAACGUGCUGAAGAAGGAGACCAGCAUGCAGCUGGUCAGCUUUGCCUACUCCCACAUGAAAUUCCUGUCCAGGAGCACCACCCCAGACAUGGCUGCCGUUGCUGCUGCCAGCAAUAUUGCCAUGAAGAUCCUGAGCCCCAAGGUGGACAGACUGAGCUACCGCUACAGCCGUGCCGUGCACAUUGACAUCUACAGAAACCCCCUGAUGGCCGGAGCUGCCGCUAGCGCCUUCAUCAUCAACGACGGUGCCACUAUUCUCCCCAGAGCCAUUGUGGCUAAAGCUCGUGCUUACCUUGCCGGAGCUGCCGCUGAUGUUCUUGAGGUUGGAAUCAGAACCGAGGGUCUUCAGGAGGUCAUCAUCAAGUCCCCUGCCCUGCACGAGAAGAUCGACAGACUGCACAAGAUGAAGCAAGUCAUGAAGGCUCUUAAGGAAUGGAGAGCUCUGCCCCAAGGCCAGCCUUUGGCCUCCAUGUACGCCAAGGUCAUGGGACAAGAAAUUGCAUUUGUCAACAUUGACAAGGCUCUUGUUGACCGCGCAGUUGAGCUUGCCCAGACCAUUGAUGCCAAGACCAUGCUGAAGGAUGCCCUGAAGGCACUGCAGACUGGCAUUGCUGCCCACAUUGCUAAGCCUCUGCUGGCUGCUGAGGUUCGUCGCAUCUUCCCCACUGCUGUUGGUGUGCCCAUGGAACUCAGUCUCUACUCUGCUGCUGUUGCUGCUGCCACCGUCAAAGUUAGGGGAAUCAUUACCCCACCUCUGUCUGAGCCCAUUGUUGCUGCUGAGCUGCUUAAGGCUGACUUCAAGCUGGAGGCUGAGGCCAUCCCAAGCAUCUCCGCACAUACCUUUGUUGUGAUGGGAGUCAACACCGCCUUCAUCCAGGCCGCAGUCAUGGCCCGUGCCAGAGGUUCCACCGUGGUGCCCGCUAAGAUUGCCAUCAGAGCUGAUAUCCCCAAGCUGAACUUCAAGGUCGAGGCUCUGCCCAUGGAGGUGCCCGAGAACAUUGCAGCCGUGCGCCUGGAGACCCUUGCCAUUGCCAGAAACAUUGAGGAUCUGUCCAGUGAGAGAAUCACCCCCAUGGUACCCGUGAUUGUUGCAACUGAGCAGCUUUCCAAGGAGAUCUUCACCUCCAAGAUGACUGCUUCAUUCGCUAACAGCAUGGCCCAGUCCUCUGAAGUGAUCUACUCCGACCUGUCCUCUGAAGUGCCCCCUCAGCUCAAGGCCGGCUCCCCCAUCCACAAGACCUACUGCCUGCCCGCCCCCAUCCUGGGUCUGAAGGGAUGCGCUGAGCUCAUGUCCACCAACUCUGCUCUCAUCAGGACACAGCCUCUGCUCAACCUUCUUGGACAGCACGCAGCCGUGCUUGCUGUGAGACCCGCCGACGGCCCAGCCAUCGAGAGACUGGAGGUCGAGGUCCAGGUCGGACCCUUGGCCGCCGAGAAGAUCCUGAAGGCUCUGCCAGCCCUCCAGCAAGACCUCCCCGAGGGCAGGAACAUCCUGCUGAGGCUGAGGAACAUCCUGCAGAACGGCCUGAGGAACCGCACCAGCUCCAGCUCCUCCUCCAGCAGCAGGCUCAGCUCCUCCGUCUCCUCCAGCAGCUCCAGCUCCAGCGCCAUGUCCCUCAGACGCUCCUCCCAGGAAAUCAAGUUCAGGAAGAACCAUGUGCACCUGCACAGAACCAGCACAGACGUAAGUAGGAGCAGUGCAGCCAGCUUCGAGAACAUCUUCAAGCAGAAUGAGUACCUGGGCAAUGCCGUGAAACCUCUUGUGGUGGCCACCUUCCGUGCCGUGAGAGCCGACCACAAGCUUCUGGGCUACCAGGUUGCCGCCUACCUUGACAAGACCAACUGGAGGCUCCAGACCAUCCUCGUUGCUCUGGCUGAGACAGACAACUUCAAGCUGUGUGCUGAUGGUGUUAUCCUGAGCAAGCACAAAGUCAUGUCCAAGAUCGCAUGGGGAGCUGAGUGCCAGGAGUUUGCCGUCAUCUUGAAGGGUGAGACCGGACAGAUUGGCACUGCUCCCGCUAUCCGCGCCGCUGUGGACUGGGUGAAGAUCCCCGCCAUUGUCAUCACCUACGCCAAGAAGCUGGCUGAGUACAUCCCUGGAGUGGCUCUGACCAACGGAAUCACCGUCACCAAAGCCAAGAAUGCUGAAAAGGAGAUUGAACUGUCUGUUUCUGUGCCAACUAAUAAGGCUCUCGACUUUGUUGCAAAGGCACCCACAAUGACACUGUCCAAAUUGGUGCCCCUGCCUUAUGCUGUGCCUCUCACUGAAGAGGAUCUUAAGGCUUUAGUCAAGAAGUACUUGGCAGAGAUUACUGAGAGAUACCCAGAGAUUCCAAAAGAACUUGUUGAAGAUCUGAAACACCUUUUGGCUGAUGCAACUUCUGCUCAGUGCACCAUGUUCCGUGAAACCCUCACCACCUUCAACAACAGGAAGUACAGGAAUGAGAUGCCAAACUCCUGCUACCAGGUGUUGGCUCAGGACUGCACCGAGGAGCUGAAAUUCAUCGUCCUCCUGAAGAAGGAUGAACUCUCUGAACAGAAGCACUUGAACGUCAAGCUGUCUGACAUUGACAUCGAUCUGUACCCCGUGGGCAAUGACAUUCUCCUGAAGGUUAACGGAAUCGAGGUUCCUGUGUCCAGCCUUCCCUACCAGCACCCAACAGAAUCCAUCCUGAUCAAGCAGAGAGCUGAUGGUCUGGCCCUGUUUGCACCAAGACUGGGUCUUCAGGAGGUGUACCUGAACAAAGACAGCUGGAAGGUGAACGUAGCAGACUGGAUGAAGGGCCAGGUUUGCGGUCUCUGUGGCAAGGCUGACGGAGAGAUCAGACAGGAAUACUCCACACCAAGUGGCUACGUGUCACAAAGCUCUGUCAGCUUCGCCCACUCCUGGGUGCUUUCUGCCGAGAGCUGCCGCGACAGCAACCAGUGCCGCAUGAAGCUUGAAUCCGUGAAGCUGGAGAAGCAGAUCAUUGUGAAUGGACAGGACUCCAAAUGCUACUCUGUCGAGCCCGUGCUGCGCUGUCUGCCUGGAUGCCUCCCACUGAAGACCAUGCCAGUCACCGUCGCAUACCACUGCCUGCCCACCCAUACCAGCGCUGUGGACCUGAGCAGCCUCUCUGAGAAGACCGUGGACGUGAGAGAGACAGCCGUGGCCCACAUGGCUUGCCAGUGUGAUGCCCAAUGUGCAUAAAUUAGUUCACUACUAUAUAAAAAUGUGAUGUUUGUAAUGUCUGUUUAGAUGUGAUCAUUGAAUCUAUU